GCAGAGCGGUACGUGCUGAGGGCCCACGUCGUCGUGGUGGACGGGUACAAGACCUACAAUCCGCUGCCAGGCACGUCCCCGGACCUUCAGGAUACGUUGGAGAACCGGGACCGACCUCGUCUGGUCUGGUUUGGCCUGGGAGGAGACUCUUAACUACAGCCGCUGCAGUUCGGUCUGUUUACAACUGAAACCGAGAGACGGAAGAUCACUGAGGGGCCUGGAUACACUGUCACAGUCUGUCAAGAUCGAGUGAUUAAAGGUGUGACUGUGCAUCAGCAUAUAAGACAUCAUGGAGGACGACCUGAUGUUCAGCAUGGAGGAGGAGGGCAGCGCCAAGAGACCCCCGGUUCAACGAGGCGCCCCCAACCAGCGGGCAUCCUCCCUGAGUGAUGCCAACGCCAGCGAUGAUGAUGAUGACGACGACGACCACUUCAUCUGCCCCAUCCUGGACGACUCCAGCAGAGAAAUCUGUCACUACCUGAAGAAUCUGGUUUACACCCGGCAGCUGUCAAACUCUCUUCCAAAGAGCAACUUUAUGUACAAGAAUGAAACAGAAACAGUGGCAGAACCUCGGUCGUACAAGGUUUUGUCUGAGAGCGCACGGGAGACAUGGAAAAAUGCAAUCGAAAAGGCCAAAGCCAUGCCCGACCCCUGGGCACAGUUUCAUCUGGAGGACAUUGAGACUGAACUCUGCACUCGUUACAGGUAUAAUGCCAUCACAGGAGAGUGGGCUCAAGACCAGGUCCACCUCAAGAUGGGUGCUCAGCCGUUUGGGAAAGGGGCGAUGAGGGAGUGCUUCAGAACGAAGAAGUUGUCUAAUUUCUCGCAUAGCAGCAACUGGAAGUCGGCAUCUAACUAUGUCGCUAAGCGUUACAUGGAGACGGUGGACAGAGAUGUUUACUUUGAGGACGUUAGGCUGCAGAUGGAGGCCAAACUCUGGGGAGAGGAGUACAACCGCCACCGACCUCCCAAGCAGGUGGACAUCAUGCAGAUGUGUGUGGUGGAGAUGACAAACAGACCAGGUAAACCUCUCUUCCACCUGGAACAUUACAUCGAGGGAAAGUACAUCAAAUACAACUCCAACUCUGGCUUCGUGAGGGACGACAACAUCAGACUCACCCCGCAGGCUUUCAGUCACUUUACCUUUGAGCGAUCAGGACACCAGCUGAUCGUGGUGGACAUCCAGGGUGUCGGAGAUCUCUACACUGACCCUCAGAUUCACACAGAGAAGGGGACUGACUUCGGAGAUGGAAAUCUAGGUGUGCGAGGUAUGGCACUGUUCUUCCACUCACACCUGUGCAACAAGAUCUGCAAGAGCAUGGGCCUGACGCCCUUUGACCUCUCACCUGCAGAGAAGUCCCAGCUGGACUGCACCAACAAACUGCUCAAGUCUGCACAGACGGUGCUGAGGGGCUGCGAGGAGCCUUGCGGAUCUCCUCGUGUUCGCACCAUGUCGGGAAGCCGGGCACCUCCGCUAUUAUCCCGCCUGUCUGAGACUUCAUCUGCAGACGAGAGCAUGAGUGACGUGGACUCCGUCCCCUGCUCGCCCCUCACCUUCCCCUGCUCCCCGCUUGCUGUACCUGGAUCUAUGGGCAAGUCGCCCAUUGGUUUAUCUUUUACCGGAAUGUAUGAACAUGAAAGGCUGAACAACAACAACACAGGUGAACACAAGGAACCUGAUAGUGGCGGUGACAGCGGAUACCCCAGUGAAAGGAGGAGUGAGGGCGAUCCAAAUGACCACGUAGAUGGGAGGAAGAUGGUAGCUCCUCCAAGAGUCUCUGCAAACCUAAAUUCAAACACUCCUGACUACGAAUGGCUGACAGAAGAGAAGUGGAGCUUCUACCAUUCGUCUCGCGCUCACAUCCACCGACCAUCGUGUGUGGCCACUGAGGUGGAGCGACUCAACGCUCUGCUGCAGAAGAAGAUUGGCCAGUCAGUCCUCGGAAAGGUCCACCUGGCCAUGGUGCGGUACCAUGAAGCGGGCCGUUUCUGUGAGAAGGACGAGCAGUGGGAUCAGGACUCGGCCAUGUUCCACCUGGAGAGAGCUGCCCUGUGUGGAGAGCUGGAGGCCAUUGUCGCCUUGGGACAGUGCUACCUGCAGCUGCCUCAUCACAUACUGCCAGACAAGGAGCUGGAGGAUAAUGCAGGAAACAGGAUGAAAGGUUUCAAGUAUCUUCUGCAGGCUGCCGAGGCUGGUGACAGAUCUUCUAUGAUUAUAGUGGCCCGAGCCUUUGAUACAGGAGUCAAUCUGUCAGCUGACAGAAAGCAGGAUUGGGAAGAAGCGAUUCACUGGUAUGACACCGCAUUGAACAUGACCGACUAUGAUGAGGGGGGAGAGUUUGAUGGGACGCAGGAUGAGCCUCGCUACCUGCUGCUGGCCAGAGAGGCAGAGAUGUACCAAGUGGGAGGCUACAACCUUACUGCAGACCCACAGAGAGCAGGUGAUCUGUUUACAGAAGCGGCAGAAGCUGCCAUGUCGGCCAUGAAGGGCAGGUUAGCUAACCAGUACUACAUGAAAGCUGAAGAAGCCUGGGCGUUGAUGGAGGAGUAAUUCUGGACACACACCUCCGUCACAAAAAUUUGAAUGAUAGCCAGGCUAAUUUAUACACAUUCAGGAUACAACCUGAGUGGUUACAGUUUACAUAUUUUUUAUUACAGAAUAUUGAAUGAAUUUUUUCCUGUUGGUGCUUUAGGUGAGAGUGUGUGUGUGUGUGUUCAGCCGACCAGGAUCAGGCUUACUUCUCCAGGUUUCUGUUGCUCCUUCUCUCUGUUUGUGAAGCUAGUCAUCCUGACUCCACUUUUCUUUUAUUUCCUGUCUCUGAUUUCCUUCUGGCAAAGUGACUGUUUUUGUAUGAUGGAGAAGGUCUGAAGAAUCAGAACAAAGAAAAUGGUUUACUUAUGUUAGCACACUCAUGUAGGAAGAAUACAUGUAAAAAAAAAUGCUUGGAGUAUAAAACUGUAAAAUAAAGUUUGCAUUGCUUUUUA